ACCUCUGAUCACAGCAGUCCAGGAAACCAGCUUCACAUGAGGACAGUAAACAUUCUGACAGAUUUUUGCUGAUGGGAUUUGUUGGCCACAGUGAAAGUUGUGCUUUGACAUACAGUUGACUGUUUCAUCACUUCUUAGUCCAGAGAAAUGUUCAGUAAUAAUUAACUGAGCUUGGUCCCUGACUCUUCAUUCUCUGGGUGAUUUUGAUCCCUGACAACAUGGAGGUGAGGUGUCUUGAAUUUGUUCUUCUGCUUUGGGUUCCUGGACUGCUGCAAGCUCAAGGUCCUCAGCCUUGCAGCGCUCCGAGCCUGGAUGCAGGUUUUUUUCUCCCGGUGCAGGAAUCAUAUCCUCAUGGAACAAAGAUCAGUUAUUCCUGCAAUGAUGGAUACAAAGCAGAACGAGGAGGCUGGUGGGGAACAAGCACAUGUUUUGAUGGUAUAUGGUUUGGUACCCCAGCCUGUAUUGAAAAUCCUCCUACCUGCCGUGAGCCUCCAAAAAUAUCCAAUGCCACCAUAAUUAAUCUGGAUUUUCAGGACGUAUUUACUCAAAACACAGAAGUGGUGUAUCAGUGUAAGGACGGACAUACGACAAAGGAAGGAGCCACCAAGAAAUCUGUCUUUUGUAGAGCUGGAGUUUGGACAGAUGUCCCAACAUGUGCACCUUCUACUGGACCCGGUCAUCCUACUGUUACAUCCAUCGAUAAUUGUGGAGCGUUCCCUCAGGUUCCAAACGGACUUGCUGAGCCACAUGAGCGACUUCAUUUGAAAUACACGUGUCAGGACUAUUACAAGUUAGUGGGUCCUGACACAGUGGUGUGUCACAGAGGAGGCACGUGGUCCGAAGUCCCGACAUGUAAAGUGGAUUUCUGUCGUCUGAACACUGCAGAGUAUCCUGACCUAUUAGAUACUACCUAUCCAUUUAUCAGAAAUGGGGACACGGAGAGCCGGAGAUGUGUUGACAAAUGGACGUUUACCACCUACGCUCUGGUUCGGUGCAUCGAAAUGAAACUCAGUGUAUCCAGAUGUUGCAACAUGUUCCAGAUAAGACAGGAUCAGUGCUGAGACACCAUUGGGAAAAGAUCUGGUUCUCUUGGGCUGAACUGAUGGACUGACAACAAAUGGAAACAUGAACCCAUUUGAAACAACUUGAUAUUGAAUGUGUUGCUAACGGCCAGGCUGGAUAUUUUCAUUCUGUUCUACCACAGUAUAGCAUGUUCUGUAUUUAGAUUGUUCCAGUAGCAUUUCUAUAGUUUUGCGUUUCAUAGAGAGAAUUGUAAAAAACCUCUGUCUGACUUCGUCUCUGUGGCCUGCAACAGCCAUGUGGGUAUUACAUAAAGAACUGAGAGUGGGGGGGCAUCUUGUGGGGAGAUCAUGCCGCCCACCCCACAAGAUGCCCUGGGCAGUUGCCCAUGUUGCCCAUAUCAGAAACCCCCAUUGUUCAUGGGAGUCAACUGUACUGCACUGGAAUCAGAACCACAAUCUCUGGAAAUAAGGCAUAAUCAUAAUCUACUUUUUCCUUUAGGAAUAUUAAUUACCUGAGAGACCAACAGCAUCUAUUAGAUCUUAUCUGAUAGAUAUUUGUGGAUCUGAUUUGUUUGCCAGAGUGAAACUGAUCCUUUGACAUAAAGUUGACAAUUUCUUCACUUCAUUUUUUAGAGAAAAAGUCCAGCAUCAUUUCAAGCUUGUCUUAAUCAGAGUACCUUGCAAAAACUAUUAAAAAUUAAUUGGGUAAUUUUUUUUUUUACAUAUUUGUUAAAACUGAUAUUAUAGCACUGUUGCCUUGCAGCAAGAAGGUCCUGGGUUCAUUUCCCGGCCCGGGGUCUUUCUGCAGGGAGUUUGCAUGUUCUCCAUGUGCAUGGUGGGUUCUCUUUGGGUUCUCUGGGUUCCUCCCAGAGUCUAAAAACAAUGACUGACAGGUUAAUUGGUUUCUCUAAAUUCUCCCUAGGUGUGUGUGUGUGUGUGUGUGUGUGUGUGUGUGUGUGUGUUGCCUCUUCAACAUGUCGAGACAAACCAAAGUUUUGAGGUAUAUCAGCUUUUUUACCCCUUUGUCUUUGGAGUUGUAAACAUGGAUGUUGAAGUCUCCACCAGAAUUAGAGAAUCUUAAUCAAUACAUAAAACAAGUAAGAGUUCAAUAAAGUCAUUGAAAAAUCUUUCCACAUAUUUUUGGAUUUGAUAGCUGCUGCAGGCAUUCACUGAAGUUAAUUACCAGAUUAUAAGAUAUAAAGUCCAUCAGUACCUGUUAGUAUUGUGGUGUUUUCUAAAGCCAGUUCAUCUCCAGUGUUUGGUGUUUGCUCAAUCCCGACCUCUGAUCACAGCAGUCCAGGAAACCAGCUUCACAUGAGGACAGUAAACAUUCUGACAGAUUUUUGCUGAUGGGAUUUGUUGGCCACAGUGAAAGUUGUGCUUUGACAUACAGUUGACUGUUUCAUCACUUCUUAUUCCAGAGAAAUGUUCAGUAAUAAUUAACUGAGCUUGGUCCCUGACUCUUCAUUCUCUGGGUGUUUUUGAUCCCUGACAACAUGGAGGUGAGGUGUCUUGAAUUUGUUCUUCUGCUUUGGGUUCCUGGACUGCUGCAAGCUCAAGGCCCUCAGCCUUGCAGCGCUCCGAGCCUGGAUGCAGGUUUUUUUCUCCCGGUGCAGGAAUCAUAUCCUCAUGGAACAAAGAUCAGUUAUUCCUGCAAUGAUGGAUACAAAGCAGAACGAGGAGGCUGGUGGGGAACAAGCACAUGUUUUGAUGGUUUAUGGUUUGGUAUCCCAGCCUGUAUUGAAAAUCCUCCUACCUGCCGUGAGCCUCCAAGAAUAUCCAAUGCCACCAUAAUUAAUCUGGAUUUUCAGGACGUAUUUACUCAAGACACAGAAGUGGUGUAUCAGUGUAAGGACGGACAUACGACAAAGGAAGGAGCCACCAAGAAAUCUGUCUUUUGUAGAGCUGGAGUUUGGACAGAUGUCCCAACAUGUGCAGGUUCCUGUGUGUUGGAUCUGAGUAGAUUGAAUAUUGGUCAAACUAUACAAAUCAACAUGGAGGAUGGAGAGAAAAAGUGGAUUGAAUGUACACAGUGGAAAGAACACUGGAUGGUUGCAAGGUGCUCUAAUGGAAAAAUAGAAGCAACCAGUUGUUGCAGCAGGGAAACCCUUAGACUAAACCGUUGCUGGUUUAACUUGAUGCAGUAACAUUUCCCGGCUUUGGAUUCAUCCACCGCAAGCAGAGAAGGAAGUGACAUCAGAGAUACUUCUGACAGAAACAGAAGUAUCUCUGGAAGGAAACUUUUUCUUUUUUUUAGUUAAUUUCUGUUGAUUGUUGGUUGACAGCAACUAUAAAAUGCUUGACUUUGUCUAAAAAUAAAAUGUUUCGACAACCUUCA